AAAAAAAGAAGAAUAUUGUGAGUUCGAUAUUACAAAUGACAAAAACUAAUGGCGAAAUGCAAAAAAGAAAGUAGCAUUUACUUUCCAAAGAGAAGUCAUUUUGUAUGGCUAUAUGAUGAGUAUUUUUCAGGGAUUUAACGUGUACAUAUUAAAAAGCAUAUUUAUACAUUCCAAGAUAACUCAAAAAACGUGCCACUUGUUCGAUGAGACUUCAACAAAAAAAAAAAAUAAAGUAAACGAAUAGUAAAAUUUUCGGAUAUGGUACCUACAUGUUUGAUAAUUGAUCGAGUCAGUUCCUUCUGGGAUGAAUCUAACUUAAAGAAUAAUGGAAAAUCCACGUCCAUUUCUUGUGGGAAAGGUAUUCAACUAAAUUAUUAUAGUCGGAUUAAACCAUUGAAAUUAAUCAAUAUUUUUCAGAGUUUUUGGUCAGCCGCCAGCAGCAAGCUAGCGUUUCACCACAAGUUUUUUAAAAAGGGUUUGCCUUACAGUUACUUCUUUGUUUUGUUGUUGCAAAUUAAUAAUGGCAGAUUCAAGUAGUGGUGGUGAUUUAGGAAAUAAUCUUCCUCCAAACACUGGGAAUCUCAUUACCAUCCUUGCUAUUGAUGGAGGUGGAAUCAGAGGAAUCAUUCCUGGUGUCAUUCUUGAAUGCUUGGAAGGUUUCCUUCAGCAACUCGACGGUCCGGAUGCAAGGCUGGUUGAUUACUUUGAUACGAUCGCCGGAACAAGUACCGGCGGCUUAGUCACCGCCAUGCUUACGGCCCCCAAUGAAAAUCAAAGGCCUCUCUAUGCUGCCAAAGAUAUUGUUCCUUUCUACCUUAGGGAAUCCCCCAAGAUCUUCCCACAACCCGGAGGACCAUUUGCCGGAAUGGUUAAUAGGUUCAAAGUGGUGGUCGGACCAAACUACAACGGGAAGUAUCUUCAGAGUUUGAUCAGGGGCAUUCUGAAGAGUACAAAAUUGCACCAAACGUUGACUUCUGUGGUCAUUCCCACGUUCGACAUUAGGAAUCUCCAGCCAGUCAUCUUCAGCUCUUAUGAGGUGACGGACCAUCCCGCGCUGGAUGCGCCACUGGCAGAUAUAUGUAUAAGCACCUCAGCGGCGCCAACACUACUUCCUGCUUACUAUUUUAAGAACAAAGAUGAAAACGGGAAUGAAAUUGAAUUCAACCUGGUUGAUGGUGGAGUCGCAGCUACCAAUCCCACUUUGGUGGCCAUUGGAGAAGUGACAAAGCAACUAAUUAAGGAGGAUCCUAAUUUCUACCCUAUUAAGCCAUUGGACGAUCGUUUUCUUGUGAUAUCUAUUGGAACUGGUUCCGCCAGAAAUGAUCACAAGUUCACCUCUGCCAAGGCUGCCAAAUGGGGGUUAUUCGGGUGGCUCUAUGACGGCGGCUCCACUCCACUCCUCACCGCUUUUAGUCAAGCUAGUGCAGAUAUGGUUGAUUUGCAUAACGCCAGGGUUUUCCAAGCUCUCCAAUCAGAAAACAAUUAUCUGCGUAUUCAAGAUGCUACUUUGACCGGAACGUUGACCUCGGCUACAGCAGCAACAAAGGAGAAUUUAGAUAAUUUGGUGAAGGUUGGUCAAUCGUUAUUGGACAAACCGGUUACUCGGGUAAAUCUCGCCACUGGUGAAUAUGAACCCGUUCCUAACGGUGGUACCAACAGGGAAGCUCUUAAAAGGUUUGCAAAAAUACUCUCUGAUGAGAGGAAAUUGAGAGAAUCCAGGCGUGGACAAGCACAAAGCAGUUCUUAAUGGCAUUAUAUUAUACUCUCUCUGACUCAAAGAAAAUAGUUCACAUUGAGUUUUGAGUUUUAUACUGUCUUUAGUACAAAUUCAAAAACUCAAUAUGAAUUAUUUAUUACAAAAUUCAAAACUCCAUGUAGACUAUUCUUUUUUGACGGAGGAAGUAAUAUACUCAUUAUGUUCUGAAAUGAUUGUGUAGUUUGAAUAUUCAAUUUGUAUAAAAUUGUAGUACCAAAUACGACAAUGCAGACUUGAUAAUUAUUUUGGGAUAAAGGGUAUUUCAUACUUGUUUGAAGCUGUUGUAUAAUUGGAUUUGAGGAAGAAAAGAGGAAUAAUGAGGGUUGAUCAUUGGUUUUCGUCCUUGACAUGGGUGUCGGUUUUAAGCUUUAAAGACAGAUGCAACAACGAUUUAAUGAGGAACA